AUGCGCCCCCGUUCCGAGAAUCCUGCAGGCUCGCAAUGGAGCGACUCGCUCGGCUCGUUUCUCCGCCCAGAGACCAAGCCACCGUGCAACCCGUUCUCCGACCCCGGACAGGAGGCCCAGGUCAAUCCGCUGCGAGAUUUUCACCGCGGCAGUCCCCCGCCAUCGCUCCGGACGAACCACGAGGCUUUUGGUCUGGAACAUCCCUCUGGGAAGGCGUCACGCCACGGCCCAUGCCCAAAGCCAGCUCUCGAGGCCGCCGACUCGGACUCGGACUCGGACUCGGACUGGGAUACAGUGCCGGCGGAGGGGGCAGAUGCUGUGUCCGCACGCUGGCUCACCAAGGAGGGACAGGACGACGACCAUGACGCCGCCGCCGCCGCCGCCGCCGCCUCAGGUCGGGCCGUUUGUAGCAACAUAUUCGCUCUACAGACUCGGCUCCACCCGCCGAAUCCUGCAAGGUCGCCGGGGGACCAUCUGCCAUGGCUCCGCGCAUCAAGUGUCUACGACGACGGCACCGAUUCCGGUCGUGAUUCUCCCGCCGUCCUCUCGAGAGACGGCGACGACACCAAGGCCGCGAGCAAGAAGCGUCCAGCGACACUGGGUUUCGACCGGACCGGCCACCGCGGGGAUGCCGCGCCCAGCUACUCCAAGUCGUCCAGCCGCGCCAGCGUCGAUCCCUUUGGAUUCGACGGCGACCGCUACUCGCCGUUUCUGCAACCAGCCGCCGAGAGGGAAAUCGGCAGAGCCCUCUGCCAGCAGGACAGCUGCGUCCCGUCCGCCCCAAGCUCGGGCGGCGAGCAAACGACGAGACAUACGCGCCCUGCCACCACCACCACCACCACGGUCCCCGUCCUCAGGCGCGCUCCUCUCAGCCCAACCGCCGACGAGCACCCGCUUUCCGAGCUGGACAUGCUGGUCAGGAGCACCUGCGAGGGGCGGCGAGAGGCCGACGCCGACUGGCAGACGGUCACGACCGAGCAGGCGCCCGUCCGCGCCCUGGAGCUUACUCUCCGCCUGGACGACGCUGGAAGCAGCAUCGCCGACGUGUCGGACGUGACCGAGCCCGAGUCGUUGGAUCAGUUUGUCGGCCAGACGCCGGUAUCGCAGGCCGGCAGGCGCCACGGGAGCCACGCCCCCCCGCCGCGCGGCAACACCACCACCACUACGAGCACGGCGUGCCUGCGAGCACCGUACCCGAGGCUGGGCUCCAGCGGUCGUCUUGACGGACAGCCGUGUCGUCGUCGAGCUGCCGCGGCCAUGCGCCGUCUCAGCAGCCGUCUUUCCCACGAAGCCAGAGCCACGCCCGGGCUGUCGAGGCUGUCCGAGCUGCGCAGGCUCGCCACGAGCUACGCGAGCCUGGACUCGCAGGAGCUUCUCGGCCACGCAGCCCAGCCCCCCCCGCCAACCGACAGUCUGUGCCGGUCAAGAGGCUUUGCGGCCUGCCAGGACGUGCUUCACGAAGCCGCUCGCGCGCGAUUCCCCUUUCCGCUCAUCAGCCUCCCGGAGGCGGCGGCUCUCCAGUCCACGCGCAGAGAGAGAGGCGAGGAGGACCACACGGACCCCGGGCCGGCGUUUGCGGCAAAGGCACGGUCUUGCACAAUCAGCACCACCACGUCUACAACAGGUCCCCGGACGCCCGUUUCGCCCGUCGAGGACCUGUCAAGUCUACUCCCCAGGCCCAAGAGCGCGUUUCACCGACAUCAGCCGACGCAAGCUUUCGAGUACACCCACGGGCAGCUCAACUCUUCGAGCAUACUCGACCACGACGUCAACGCCUCCUUCUUCCGCACCUCGGUCCCGCGCAGCACGUCGCUUUUGAGCGCUCGCUUCUUCCGCCUCGGCGGCGUCCCCGCACGGACCCGAGAGCGUCGCGUCGAGGAGCAGCGCCCAAACGACCGCAGCUACUUGACCGCCUCCCAGACAGAUCUCCUGCAGUCUGCGCGCGAGGACAUCCUGGACCGCCGGCGAAACUGCCGCCUGGACGAGGACAAGGCCCAGCGAUCCAUCUUCCUGGCCAUCAUGGUGCUGACCAUCUUCUUCCCCCUGGUCGGGCUGCUGGCCCUGUGCGGCAACUUUGACGGCACGAUUUCGUGGUAUGCCAAGGGGGAGAGGGGAUGCCUGACGCGGGAGCAGAGGGGCACGCUGAAGCAGCAGUUGUUUGUCGAGUGUCUGUUGUACCCGGGGCUAAUCAUCGCCCUGUCUGUUCAUUACUCUGUUCGGAAGUGA